AUGGCGUCGUCGUCGCUGGAGUACGAGCGCAUCACGUUCGUGCUGCGGCCGCGGCGCGGGCCGCGGAGGGUCAUCCUCGACGCCGUCUCCGGCCGCGCCGCCGCGGCGCAGACGACGGCCUUGAUGGGCCCCAGCGGGAGCGGGAAGACGACGCUGAUCCACGCGCUCGCCGGCACGCUGCGGUCGCGGGUGCCCGCGGAGCUGUCCGGCGCCGUCCGCGUCGACGGCGAGCCCGCGGGCGCGCGGCGGCGCUGCGCCGUCGUCGGCCAGGAGGACGCGCUCUUCCCGCUCUUCACGGUGCGGGAGACCCUGACGCUCUGCGCCGCGCUCACGCGCCGCGGCGAGGACCCGGACCGCGUCGCCGAGGCGACGCUGCGGCGCCUCGGGCUCGCCAAGGUCGCGGAGACGCGCGUCGGCGACCCCUCGGAGCCGCUGCUCCGCGGCGUCUCCGGCGGCGAGCGGCGCCGGCUGUCCAUCGGCUGCGAGUUGAUCGCGUCGCGCGGCGGCGUCGUGCUCCUGGACGAGCCGACGUCCUCGCUCGACGCGUACCAGGCCCUCUCCGUCGCGCGGUCCCUGAGCGGCCUCGCGCGGGAGUCGCGCGUCGCCGUGCUCCUGAGCGUGCACCAGCCCCGCGCGGAGAUCUGCCUGCUCCUCGACGAGCUCCAGCUCCUGAGCCGCGGCCGCGUCGUCUACUCGGGGCCCUUCGCGGCCGCGGAGCCGUGGUUCGCGGCGCUCGGCCACGCGGUGCCGCCGCGCUUCAACGCCAUGGACUUCCUGCUCGACGUGCUGGCCGUCGACGAC